AUGGUCGUGACGCGAAGCAUGAAUGAAGAAGGCACUAAAACGAAAAACUCGCAUGAAUCCACCGAAAACGAAACAAGCGCCGAAUCCUCUAUGCAGUCAAGUCAAGUGGAGGACUCACCGAAUAGAGAAGACACCUCCCAGAAAACAGUGAAGGCGAGGUCACACCGUUCCACGGUCUCAAGGAAAAAACUGGAAGAAUUGGAGAUUAAAGAACGACUGGCCAAGUUAAAAAUCAAACAGCUGCAAGCAGAGGCAGAUAUGGAGAUAGCGCGAUUACAACGUUUACGGGCAGAAAAAGACUCCGAGGAAGAAUAUUCUGAAGAAGAAAAUGAAGACUCCACGUGGGUGGAUGCGUGGUUUGAUCAACAGCCACGCGAAAAAGAAGUUCCUAUGCCACGGGAGGAGAAACAAGAUGAGGCAGCCGCGGAGAGGAAAUUCAAGCAACCGCAGCAAACCAUCGACGUUUCGACAUUAACGACAGCACUACUGCAAGCAUCAAGAAGACGACCAAGGGAGCCGCCUGCAUAUAUACAAGAGUUGCCUAUGUUCAGGGGCCUCUCUUAUGAAUGGUUAUCAUUCAAGGCAAGCUACGAAGAUACACAGCAAUACUUCUCGAAGAUAGAAAACGUAGCACGCCUGCGAAAAUGUAUAAAGGGACCAGCACUAGACGCCGUGAGCAGCCUACUCCUGAGUCAACAUGAACCAAAUGUCAUCAUAGAAGCACUGGAAAGAAGAUUCGGAAGACCAGAAGCACUCAUACUCAUCGAGAUGGAUAGAAUCAAGUCACUGAGCAAGAUCACCGAUAACCCACGGGAUCUCUGCGUGUUCGCCGGCAAAAUAGCGAACACAGUCGCUACGAUUGAAGCACUGAAGAAAACACAAUAUCUACACAGCCCAGAAAUGACACGUCUCAUCAUAGAGAAGCUCACACCUAUAAUAAAAAAUAAAUGGUACGACUACGCGCUGAAAAAGGAAGACAUCCCGGAAUUGAAGAAAAUGUCUGUCUUCCUAAACGAAGAGGCAGACAAAUGUGCAGCGUACGCCGCGCCGGAACGUCUCGUUGAGAGCGAGACGGCAACAAGGGAGAGAGCGAGACGGAAGAUCGAACAUUCAUUUGCUACUAAUAUGAAGCAAAACAAUGAAAAUGUAUGUCCGCUGUGCAAACGCAACCAUCAGCUGCCUGACUGCGAGCAAUUCAAUAACAUCGACGUUAAUUCAAGAUGGGAAACUGCAAAGAAGAAUAACAUAUGCUACAAGUGCCUGAGAAGUAAACAUCGACGCGCCGUCUGCAGAGCUCCAUGGUGUGGCAAAUCUGGAUGCCACAUGAAACACCAUCACUUGUUGCAUCAUGACAGAAAAGAAGAGGACCAGCUUCAACAACCACCAGAAGAGCAUGGGGUGGUAACUUCUACGAUGGAAGGCAAUGAAGAAUGUCUCCGACGUCGCGCCUAUCUGAAAAUAGUACCUGUCAUAUUGCAAGGGCCGAAGAGCAAGAUAGAAACAUACGCUCUUCUCGACGAAGGCAGCACAGUGACACUCAUCGAUACAUCGGUGGCUGACAUCCUGGGUAUUGAUGGUCCGGCAAACACGAUGUGGAUACAGGGCGUCGGCGCCAUGGUCAAGCAUGAACACAGCAAGACAACCAGCGUGAAAAUCAAGGGCAAACACUCUUCAACCAUCUUCAAGCUAGAUCAAGUCCGCACAGUGGAUCGACUGGAUAUCACUACCCAGUCGGUCGUCGACAGCGACAUAAAGGAGUGUGGUCACCUGAAAGAAAUACAAGAAGAACUCGUCUACCACCGUGCCUCCCCCAAGUUAUUAAUAGGACAAGAUAACUGGGAUCUCAUCGUGUCAAGAGAAGUACGGGCGGGACGUCGUGACCAACCGGUAGCAUCCUACACGCUACUAGGUUGGGUUCUGCAUGGUUGCAAGACGUCUCUCAGCAACCCGGUGACUUUCUGCGGGCACCUGGUGGAGAAGAAAGAUGACGUCAACAUAGAAGAAAUGAUGAAAAAUUACUUCAAGCUGGAGUCACUAUGCAUCGAACCCAGAAAACCAAAAAAUGAUCCAGAGCAGCGAGCUUUGAAAAUACUAGAACGAGAAAGUCGCCGUCUUCCGAAUGGAAGAUAUGAAACUGGGCUACUCUGGCGAGAAGACAGCAUGAAAAUACCGAACAAUUACACCGAAGCAAGAAAACGCCUGCAUAACCUCGAAAAGAGAUUAGACAGAGAUGAAGACCUGAAAAUUAAAUACAACGAACGAAUCAAUAACCUACUCACGUCGGGGUAUGCAGAGCACGCCAAGACACCGCCAGCUGAAGACAGAACAUGGUACCUGCCACACUUCCCGGUUGCGAACCCAGCGAAGCCACACAAGCCGCCGCGACUGGUGCAUGACGCCUCCGCUAAGACUGCAGGUCUCAGCCUAAACGACCUGCUGCUUUCUGGACCUGACCUGUUGCAAUCACUGCCUGGGGUGGUGAUGAGGUUCAGACAGUACGCCUACGGAGUCUCUGCAGAUAUCAAAGAGAUGUUUAUGCAAGUAAAAAUUAAGAAAGAAGACCGCGACGCGCUCCGUUUCCUGUGGAGAGGUGACCGGCGGGAGGGCGACCCAGACGAGUACCGCAUGACGUCAUUAAUAUUCGGAGCGACGUCAUCACCCUGCACCGCUCUGUAUAUAAAAAACCGCAACGCAGAAGACUACGCGCAUAUAUAUCCCGACGCCGCAAUCGCUAUACGAAGAAAUCAUUAUAUGGACGACUAUCUACAAAGCUUCUCAUCAAUCUCAGAAGCCAGAAAAAUAACAAGAGAAGUCGAUUAUAUACAUAAACAAACCGGCUUCGUACUCAGCGGAUGGGCAUCAAACAAUCGCAAUACUAUCGACGAGUUUAUAGCAAGCGAGCGAGACAACACUUCAGAGAGCGGGACAAAUAGUACAGCGGUUCUGAUUGGCGGGAGCGGUACUGAGCGAGCUCUCGGCUUGUUAUGGGAUAUAAAUGAAGACAUAAUUGGAUUUCAAGUUAACAAAAUAAAAACGCCGCAAGAUAUAUUAGAAAACAAACGGAUACCAACGAAAAGAGAAGCGCUCAGCAUCAUCAUGGCACUCUUCGACCCCCUUGGCCUCAUAUCACCCAUCACAACGCCAGCGAAAAGAUUACUGCAGGAUACAUGGCGCUAUAAAACAGGCUGGGACGAAUCGCUACCAGAAGAACUGCAGCCAGCAUGGAGUACUUGGUUGACAUCAUUGCGAACUGUACACAAGAUACGCAUACCACGAUGCUAUGAUGUCACACCAGUGGUCACCCAUCAUCUGCAUACCUUCGUGGAUGCCAGUGAAGAGGCGUACGCCGCGGCAGUGUACUGGCUGUCACAAAGAGCCGACGGUACCACACAUGUCACCUUGGCCGCCGCUAAAAGUCGCGUCGCACCGCUCAAGCCCGUCUCAAUCCCGAGACUUGAACUUCAAGCUGCGUUAAUGGGUGCGCGCCUCGCACAUACCGUGGCGGAGGAGCACGACUACGAAAUAGCGAGUGGUAGACAUAAAACAUACUGGAGCGACUCUCGGACAGUCCUAGCAUGGAUAAGGUCAGAACCAAGGGCCUUUAAGACCUUUGUGGCUCACCGCCUGGCUGAAAUAGAAGACACAACAAAAAAAAAUGAAUGGCGGUGGGUCCCUACACAUGAAAAUGUAGCUGAUGAUGCCACCCGAGGUAUACCAAGCGAAUUCGGACCACAGCACAGAUGGUUCAACGGGCCAUCAUUUUUACAUCAGCCAGAAAACGAGUGGCCGCGAGAAACAAGGACAGCGAUAUCAGUCACGGGCGAAGAGCGAGAGAGAUGCCAUGUGACCGUUACAAGUACGGCUCACGCACACUUACCUGACAUCGACCGAUUCUCGCGGUGGCUGCCGCUCAUCAAAUCGACUGCGCGCGUGCUACAAUUUGUCGAUCUCUGUCGACCUCAAAGAAAUAUUGUAGCCGCCACGAAGAAACGAACCAAGCAGAAUGAAAAGGGCGAUGUUGACUGGAGAAAAAAUAAUAAUGAAAAAAUCAUAACAAGAAAUGGAAGAACGAAAAUAACGACGCCCAGCAUCCCGGUGCCAGCGCAGUACCUACUUGAAGCCGAGAGAAUGUGGAUGCGAGCCUGCCAGGAAGAUAGUUUCGGGAAUGAAAUAUUGCGAAUAAAAAAGGGAAGUCCAUUGAAUAAACAAGACAGACUGACAGCGCUAAGUACCUACAUCGACACAACCGGAAUGCUGCGAUUAAGAGGACGAAUUACAGCAACAUCGAACGUAGAAAAGGAUGUACUCAACCCACCCGUGUUAGACGGGAAACACAGAUAUACACGUCUGUAUAUACAACAUAUACAUGAAACAAUGCACCACGGCGGUAUAGAAGCGGUAGUGAAUGAGCUACGGCAGCGGCUGUGGGUUGUAAAAAUAAGACCCACAGUACGGAACGUCAUCAAGGGGUGUCUGGUCUGCCAGAUAAGAAGAAAGAAGCCAGCAAGCCCACCGACCGGUGACCUGCCUGCCGCCCGCCUAGCGCAUCACGCUCGCCCCUUUACCUACACAGGGCUGGACUACUUCGGCCCCAUUGAAACCACAGUCGGACGGCACCGAGAAAAACGGUACGGCGCCCUCUUCACGUGUAUGACAUCACGAGCCAUACACAUUGAAGUGGUGCAUACCCUCGGCACUCAUUCAGCCAUCGCCGCCCUAAGGAGGUUCAUGGCUCGGCGAGGUUGUCCAACGGAAAUAUGGAGCGACAACGCUACGUGUUUCAAGGCAGCUGAAAAGGAACUCAAGGCGGCUAUGGCAGCACUAGAAGAGGAGGCCACCAACCGCAGCAUCGCGUGGAGGUACAUCCCACCCGCUGCUCCCUUCAUGGGCGGGGUAUGGGAACGCAUGGUGCGGUCAGUAAAGGAAGCCCUACGAGUUACGCUGCACGAGCGUUAUCCCACAGACGAGACAUUGGUGACCCUGCUAGCCGAGGUGGAGAAUACAGUCAACUCCCGACCUCUCACUCACGUGUCCGUCACACCGAGCGAUCCGGAGGCAUUAACACCGAACCAUAUCCUGAUCGGCCCCAACUCACACGUGCCUAAUCCCGGAGUGUUCAACAAAGGAGAUAUGAACGCACGACAUCAUUGGCGACGAGCACAAGCGUUAGCAGAUGAGUUCUGGAGGCGCUGGGUGGUGGAAUACCUACCCUUACUUCAACACCGGCGGGAGCCCCGAGGUACCGGUGUUCCCCCCAAGGUUGGCGACACAGUCAUCAUAUGCGACCCCAACCUACCCCGAAAUACAUGGCCACGGGGACGCGUUGUGAAGACCUACCCCGGGAAAGAUAACCCCAACACGGUGCGAGUGGUAGACAUCACAACGAGCAACGGGCGCACCCUGAGAAGACCAACAAAACGAAUCGUCGUGCUACCAGUAGAAUCGCAGGAUAGCGACGGCGGGAGAAAUGUACACGACGGAAUCAAUUAG